UUAUUAUCAUUACCUUAGCUCAUGAAUAAAAAUAAUAAAUGAUUAUCAUUGAAAUUAUAAGUUAUUAAAGCGACUUUGGAAUUUGGAACACUGUAAACAAAUAGUUACGUUACAAUAACAAUGGCGGUGGCUCAAUAAUUGAUUAAUCAUUAUUAUUACGUUCCCACGAGUAAAGACACUUAUCAUUUGUUCCUAUAAGUUUAUUUAAAACUCAGUUAAUUUAUUCAUUUAGUACUCGUUCAUCAGCACGCACGUGAAUUGGUGAGUUUUCAUCCAUCAAUCUUUAAUGUUUUAUUUUUGUAAUUAAAAAUAUUGGUCUUGUAAACAGAAAAAAGCAGACAAAAUGCAGCAAGCUAUGCUCCUGUGUAAUGGAGUUCAGACUCAUGUUAUUACAGAAGGCCGAUGGGUUGAAGAAGGUCUCUCGCCGACCGGCUCCAAGGACUUGGUGAUAGUCAUUCCCGGGAAUCCCGGGAUUCCCAGUUUCUAUAGCGGAUUCAUUAAAUCCUUGAAGUCGCGUCUGCCUUCUGAGACUCCUGUCUGGACUGUUGGUCACGCUGGACAUGUCCAGCCGCCUAAAAAUCUGUGCUUCAUGUCUGAGGACGGUUCUGACAAGCCAGUUUAUACUUUGCAGGAUCAAUUGGAGCACAAGGUGGCUUUUAUCAAACAAUAUGUCCCCAAGGAUGCAAAGCUUCACUUAGUAGGUCACUCCAUAGGCUCCUGGUGCAUUCUUCAGUUAUUAAAAAACCCAGAAAUAGCAAAACAAGUCGUUAGAUGUUACUUAUUAUUCCCGACAAUAGAACGAAUGGCUGAAACUCCAAAUGGAAAAUUUCUUACUAAUUUUGUUUUAAGAAUAGCAACUCUGACAGUAUUUUUAGCCUGGAUAUUUUCAUUCUUCCCGGUGGUAUUACAAUCAAUUUUAAUCCGUAUAUUUGGAGGAUUCUUCGCUGGAGUUACCAAUAAAAGUAUAAAGCCAGUGCGUCAACUCCUAGAACCACCGGUGCUGGACAGAGUCUUCAAACUGGCCCAAGAUGAGAUGGUCAAAGUACGAGAGCGAGAUGACGAGUUGAUAAGCAAUUACGAAGAUAAACUCUGGCUGUAUUACGGCGCGACCGAUGGCUGGACUCCUCAAAACUAUUGCACUGAAUUGAAAGCAAAACAUCCUGAUAUAAAUGCCCAGAUAUGUAAACGCGGAUUUCGCCAUGCAUUUGUACUGACUGACGAGGUUGAAGUUGGUAAAAUGGUUGGAGAUAUUAUUAGUGAAACUAUGUCAAACAACCCUUGAUCACUAAAUUAUCUAUUUUUAAAAUAAGUGCAUUUACGAGUUAAUAUGGGCUAGGAUUUGUAACUGAUUUUUUAUAAUUAAAUAAAAUAUUUUGUUGGUUUAAUAAA